AAAGAAGAGCUCCACAGUAUGGAUGAGCCCAUAUAAAGUGUGUAAGAACAAGAAAAUAUUCUAUAAAUUUUCAACAACAUAACCUAUAAAAUUUUUAAAUUUCAAAGAACUUCUACAUGCGGUAUAAUAAAACUGAAGAAGCUGAUAUUUUCCCAAGUAAUUUGAAUAACAAUUGAAAUUUGCCAUAAAAAUGGCAACAUAUGAUUUUGAAAUCAUUAUAGGAACAUAUGAAGAAUUCCUUCUUGGUUAUCUUGUCUCAAUAAAGGAUAAAGAAAUCAAACAGAGUUUCGCCGCUCAUGAUCACUCAAGAAGUAUUAGAACAAUAGCUCACUCUGGAAAAUAUGUAGCUUCUGGAGCUGCAGAUGAUAAUAUAAUCAUUUACGAUUUUGAUACCCGAAAAGAAUGUCACAUGUUAGUUCAUCAUGAAGCAACUGUAAAUUGUUUAUCAUUCACAAAUGAACACACACAUUUGAUAAGUGGGAGUUUAGAUGGAGUUCUAGCGAUUGUAAGAGUUGGUAAUUGGCAGAUUGAGAAAAAAUGGGAUAAGGCACAUAAGGGAUUAGCAAUAUAUGAUGUUGCUAUACAUCCUUCAGGCAAAAUGGCGUUGACAAUUGGUGGAGACACAACUCUACGUACUUGGAACUUGGUAAAAGGGAGGCAAGCAUAUGCAAUCAAUCUCAUUACCAAAAGUAAGGAUCCCAAAUCCCUAGAAAAAAUCUUGUGGUCUCCAGAUGGCACACAUUUUAUUCUAUAUGGUGGGAAAUAUACUGAAAUAUGGAAUAUAGAAGAAGGAGGUUUAUCUAAAGCUAUUCAGUAUGAUCAUAAAGUAACUGCCUGUAUAUGGUGGAAGGCCAAAAAAUUACUAGUAGGACAUGAAAAUGGUGACUUGACUGUUGUUAAAGUAGAAGAUGGAUCAAAGAUUUCCAAAGAGGGACACAAUACGAGAAUCAAAUGUUUGGCAAGUUUUGGUAAAUUUGUAGUUCUGAUAUCCAGUGACGGAGUAUUGAAAGUGUUGGAUUCCAAAUUUAACUUAGUAAUUGAGCUAAAUACAGGUUGUAGGCCUAUUUGUUUGGAUAUAAUAGAAACAAUGCAUGUAAAGGAAGAGGAAGUGUGUGAAGAAGAAGUCGAGACAGUGCAAAUUGAAAAUUAUCCAAAUAAGAGGCCUCAAGUGAUAAUUGAAGACGAGACAACUGAAGUUGAGAAAGAACCCAAAAAGAAGAAAAGGAAACACAAAAAGUAGAUAGAAGUUUUUUGUUAUGUAAAAUAAUUUUAUAUUUAUUAACAAUAUAUUUUAUAACAGUGGA